UACUUACUUGACUUGUUAGAAAUCUUUGUUGUUUUGUUUUGGUUUCUGGUAUAAAUUGUAUAACAAGAUUUUUGUAUUAAUCAUUGUUAAUUUUAAGACUGUUCACACGUUAAUUGUUUUAUUUUUCUGUGAUUUAAAUAUAUUAUUGUGAUGUUGAUUUUAUCUAGACUAGAAGGUGGGCUCAAGCGUGUCAACCAUGCUUCUGUCGUUGUCAAUGGACUCAUCUAUAGUUUCGGUGGGUAUAUUGGCCUCGAGAAAUACAACGUUGAGAGGCCCAUUGAUGUUUACAUUCUUAAUAUGGUCACUUUAAGAUGGAAAGAGCUCGCAUACUCUGAUUCAGGCAACUCUGCUAAUGUUCCGUUCAGAAGAUAUGGCCAUAGUGCAGUAGCGUGCGAUAACAUUAUUUAUCUGUGGGGUGGUCGAAGGGAGGAAGCUGCAUGCAAUAAACUAUUUCUUUUUGAUACAAAAACGCGAAAGUGGUCAGCCCCGAAAGUUAAAGGACCGAUUCCUGGAGCUCGUGAUGGUCAUUCUGCUUGCAUAUUUGAAGGAUUUAUGUACAUUUUCGGAGGGUUUGAGGAAGAGAGUCAAGAAUUUUCUGAUACUGUUUUCCGUUUUGAGUUAAAAACUUGUACAUGGCAAGUUGUAUAUCAGCUGACUUCUGAUAUACUCAGGAGAGAUUUUUUAACCUCUGUGGUUAUAAAUGAUAAAAUUUAUCUUUUUGGUGGACGGUCAUACAAUGGCCCAUAUUACGAUAAUAAGAUAUUGGAAUUAGACCUCCAGUUGAUGAGCUGGUGUCUACCAGUUAUCGAAGGAUACAAGCCAGUCGGCAGAAGGAGCCAUUCAGCUGUAGUAAUUGACAACAAAAUGGUGGUCUUUGGUGGUUACAAUGAUAUUACCGAUGAACAUUACAACGACUUUAAUGUCUUUGAUCCUAAAACCUAUUCAUGGGCCCCUGUAAAUACUAUCGGGCAGGAUCCUCCUUGUGCUCGACGUCGACAUUGUUGUCUUGCUGUAAACUCGUUUAUCUACAUUUUCGGAGGAAGUUGCCCAUUGCCCCAAGCCACUGACUCUGAAGCACAUCAUUUAAUGGAGAUGAAUGAUCUAUUCGUUAUUGAUCCGAACAGAACUUUGCGCUCUAUGGCAUUGCGAACAGUAUUAAAUUAUAAAUUAGAUACCAGUACACUCACUACUGCUCUCGCACAGGAGGUUGAAAGCUAUAGUACUGAAAACGAUCUCAUCUGUACCCAGCUCAAUAAGUUAGAUUUAAAAUCAGACGAAGACGAUCACCUGUCAACAUAGCUUUGUAGUUGAACUGCAUGUCAUUCACAAUCAUUCAUUCAUCUCAAAUAAACGACGAAUAUUCAUAUUCAACAAAAAAA